AUGGCUAAGCCGUUUAGAUCCGAACAACUCAACGAUUUGUUCAAUGAUACUACCCCCUUCGCCCUGAUUGACAUUCGCGAACCCGGGGAAUUCAACACCAGCCACAUACCGGGAAGCAGCCUUAUCCCCCGCCGGAGGCUGGAAUUCGACCUCCACUCGGCCGUACCCCACGCCGGGUCGUUGAUCGUGUUGUGCGAUGAUGACGGCCGUCGCGUGUCCCAGGCAGUUGCAACGAUCGAGGCCAUGGGCUUCGACAAUGUCGGCUGGCUCGACGGCGGCAUCAACCGUUGGGUGAGUUUAGACUACCCCACUGAAUGGGGAGUGAACGUUCCCAGCAAGGACUUCGGCGAAAAGGUCGAGGUCGUCCACCAUGUGCCCGAGAUCGACGCCAUCGAAUUGCGUUCCCGCAUGGACCGCGGCGAAAAAAUGGUCAUCCUCGACACGCGGACUCCUGAGGAAUACCGCCGGUUCUGCAUUCCCGGCGGCCGGAGCGUUCCCGGCGGUGAGUUGGCGCUCCGGAUUACCGACAUCACGGCCGACCUGGAUCCCGAUACCACCGUCGUGGUCAACUGCGCCGGACGCACCCGAAGCAUCAUCGGGACCCGUGUGCUCCAGCGCAUGGGCUUGGACCGCGAGGUCGUUGGCCUGAAAAACGGCACCUCCGGAUGGGUGCUGGCCGGUUACGAAUUGGAAUCCGGGGCAACCCGGGACCGCCUGCCCAACGUAUCUGACGCGGGCCGCGCCGCGGCGGAGGCUUACGCCGAUCGUUGCGCCGCCGAAGACGGCGUGCGUUUCCUGGAUAUUGCCGGUCUCGACGCCAUGGCUAACCGCAGCGUGACCGAGAGCAUGUACUUCAUCGACGUGCGUACGUCGGAAGAAUAUGACCGCGGACGCAUUCCGGGUUUUCGGUGGUUCCCCGGCGGCCAGUGCGUUCAGCGUAGCGACGACGUGGCAGUCGUGAAAAAUGCGCCGUUGGUGUUUUGCUGCGACGGCAGGGCCCGAGCUGCCCUGACCGCGUCCUGGUUCCGCCAACUGGGACAUCAGGAGGUCUACGCGCUCAAUGGCGGCACCCGGGCGUGGGCCGCCGCGGGCCGUCCUCUGGAGUCCGGCAUGAGCAUCGCCGCUUUGAACGACGGUUCGAUCGCCGGCGGUACGGAGUCCGAACUGUUGGCGGAGGCCCGCCGCUCGGUACCCGCCGUCUCAGCCAGGGCCCUCGAUGAAAACCGCCCCGACGUUAUCAUCUUCGUCGAUACCAGCCAGGAAUUCGCCCGUGGUCACGUGGCCGGGUCCCGCUGGGUGCCCCGAGGAUGGCUCGAAUGGCAGAUCACGGACCACGUCAGGUCAAAUGACGCCAGCAUCGUGGUGACCUGCGUUGAUGGGCGCCAGUCCCUGCUGGCGGCGGCGACCCUGCGCCAGAUUGGCUAUUCCAACACCCGGGUCCUGGCCGGCGGGGUAACCUCAUGGCAGGCGGCUCGCCUGCCAGUGGAAGAAGGCCUCAGUGGCAUCAACCGAACGCCUUCCGACGUUGUUUUCAGCGGACCCGACCGCAACUACGCCGACAUGCAGAAUUACCUGCGGUGGGAGACCGCUCUAGGCGAGAAGUACGCCGCCGAUUAG